AUGCACUACGCGAAAACCGCAUUGCGCUUAUUGGCGGCCAGUGCGACCCUCACCGUGCAAGCCAGCGCCUCGGAACGCGUUCCCCAGCCCUGGGCGGACACUGGCUCCCUAGCCGUGCGCAACCCGGAUCUAGGAUCUUCUCUAACAACUGCGAUCAAAGGCCUGGAAGCACCAGAGGAUCUAAUAGAAUUCAUUCCUGCCUGCCUUACCUGUUUCUUCUGGUCGCAGAUAGCCACGCACUCGGCCCUGAAAGGCUCGGACGACACGGACUCCAAUUUCCUGGAGAAGCUUGGAUCAGGAUACAUCGAUUGGCUUAUGCACCUAUGUCAGAAGAAAAAUCCUGGCGGCAUCAGUGGCAUCGUUGACAAAAUCAUCGAGCUCGUCAUCGUACCUCCGGAAACCCAGCAUUGCGACGAACUCGAUGCCACAUACGACGAUAAACUGCACAGGUUCGUCCUCGUUGACGGAAAUGGGACCAAGUACGUGGCCGACGGGAAAUCAGCAAGUACGUUCAGCACCAAAAAUUCGGACGCUGCCAACAAAAUGCGUUCCUUCUUCACAUCCACCGUAUUCAUUGAGGCUGCUGAAAAGCUAGUCAAACACUUUAUGACAAAAACUUCACAAUCAAGGGCUAUGUUUUAG